CACCUUGAACAGUCCACCAUACAUUAUGCCAUUGCUCUCACGUACUCAGGUGCAUUUGAGCCACGGAAAAUUCUAACUACAAACUUCUGCAACCUGUGCACUAUUUGUGUGUGAAAAUGCUUCGUCAGCCAAAAGUUUUCCUGCACAGCCCACCUGGGAAGCAAACGCGCGCACCGGAAUGCAGAAUGUGCAAUGCUGCAGCAAAUGCAGCCCUAGCCUUUUCUUGUCAGUAAUCAGAAUGAACAGCGCGUAGGUGCGUGUGUGUGUGUGAAUAUAAACAACAGUGCAAAUAAUAGCGAUCGUGAUAUUGUGCUGCGGAAAAUUGGAUAAUCUUUCACUUAUUUUACACCUAUGAGAUAAAUUUCGUUUUAAAUGUGUUUCACUAAGUUCAAAAGUUAAGGCGAACGAUAAAAAACCUUUGCACGAUGUCGUCCGAAGACAAGCAAUGCCUACAGAACGAUUACCAGAGACGGUGGGAAAUGUUGCAGAGUCGUGUCGUCACACCGGCGGCGGAAAACAGCCGGCACAGCUUCCCGACCGAGCAGACAAGCACGGGCAGUUUCGUUACAUCGAUAGUGCGCGUACCGCCAGCAUAUUGCCAGCAGCAAACGACAGGCGUUCCCGAGCAGAAGAAAACCUUCGAACAGGCGUACAAAGAUGUGCUGGCGAAGCAGCUGGGCAAUCAGAUUAAACGGGAAGCAACAUCGCGCCCAAAAGUGGUGGCUUCGGUGGAAGAGCCAGCACCAUCGACCUCUAGUAAAAUGGAAGGAUACAUUACAACGGUUUACAAUAUCACACCACGUGAACUUCCGUCGCCUUCGCGCAUUGCCGCAACCACCGGUUCGUUCAAAAUCAAUGCCACGGCACACGCCCCCGAUGGACAGAAACGUUCGCUCGUGAUUCCUAUCCUGACCUCCGCGAGCAAACCUACGGUGGAAGGAAUCACGUAUCAAAAGACACACUCGAAUGCUUACGCCAAACAGCUGUUGGACAUUACGAAGAGUAACCUGCACAAGGUAGAAAGCGCCUUUUCAGCGACGGAAUCGAAAAACGCCACCCCUCGUACGGUGUACGCCGGUCAUCAUGAGCAACCGGCAGCCAAUCGAACGACGCACGAGAAAGCGUACGCAGCGUUGCAGAAAACGCUCCUCCAGACGGACUAUAACAGAACGCAACAGGAAAUCAUGCGCCGGCUCCAGAGCCAGCAGGAGCGCCGCAACGCACCGAUCCCUUCGCUGAAAACGUUUGCCCAAAACGGUGAACCGAUCCUCAUUUCAAAGCAUCGGUCAAACGUAAUGCUAUCGAUCAUAAAGCCAACCGUAACGUCUCCCGCUCCGACACACGUGUACGGAGCGCCCGACAUUAGUGUGCCGGGCAGCACCAACCAACCGAUCCAAUACAGCAUGCAGGAUCUUAACGAGGGCCGUCGAUUGCUGAACAUGGUAAAAGUGGCUUCAAGAUCACCUACCGAACCACCACCAGCGCAUAGAGCGGUGACGGAACCGGCGAAAUGUACCUAUGUCGCAGCAUCCAGCACCAAGCCUAGUAUUAUUCCCCAACCGGCAAACCAUGAACAGAGCCAGGAUGUAGCGCUAAACUUGGACACAAAGCACGAUACAAUGGCCAGUAACGGUAGCGUAGUCGUGCAGGCGAAGGAAUCAACAACAUCUCUCCCUGCUGCAUCUACAAGCGCGCUUCCAAGUCGGCCCACAGCAUGCCCAUUGCCUACGCCGAGUCCGGGCACGAAACAAAGUCACAAUUCGACCACAGUACAAAAUCUUGCUCCUGUGCCAUCGCCUUCACUGAUAUGGGAACAAAUCCAAAGGUACAACUUACAGCAACUGCUGGCAAAUGUGCAAGCACGCCAAAUGUUAGACGCCAGCAAGGUUCCGCCGGCACCGAUCAAAACAGCCGAGCAACCGAAGCAACAGGAUAAGGCUCCCGCAGGACGCACCGAACCUAACGACACCAUCGCCCCGGUCGCUGCUCCCCCGUUAGCUCCACCGCUGAUAAAGCUCGAUUACGAUAAAAUGCUGCUACAAACAAUACAAGCGAUGAAGCGGAAGCACUGUCCUGCCGGACAGGAGCAGGACCCGGCCAAGAAACGCCGCUCGUAUCCGAGGAAAAAGCGCCCGCAGGAAGCGUUCCUGCAGAAUGGGCCGUGCUACAAGGUUGCCUCACGGUUGCCGCGCUGCCGCGAGUGUGGCCGUUCGGCUUCCGUACGGUCCAAAAAUGCUUCCACCAUCUUCUGUCGUUUCUUCGCGUUCCGGAAGCUAAAAUACAACAUGCUGGGGCAGCUGGAAGUGUUCGGUUUUGCCGAUCCCUUUCUGGAUGCGAACGAUACGGACACGGGUUUGUGGAGCGCCAAUUUGCAGCAGGUGCCCGCCGAUCUGUCGGUGGAAAAAUCGAAAUUUCUGCUCGGCCAGGUUGGGUACAAGUUUUGUGAGCUGUUCCACCAAGAGAAGGAAGCGUACUUCGAGCAUAUGGCGGAAGAUAAAACCAUUGCCUGGAAGCAGGCAGUGCACGGUGUGCGGGAGAUGUGCGAUGUGUGUCAGACGACGCUGUUCAACCAUCAUUGGGUUUGUUCGACGUGCGGUUUCGUCGUGUGUAUUGACUGUUACAAGUGUCGCAAAAAUGGAAUAAUCACGGUGGAAUCGACAACCAAAGAUAAGGAUACGAACGGUUGGUUGCUGUGCAGCGCGACGAAGGAACCGCACGACCAGACGCUCCUAAUGCUGACGCAAAUCAUUCCCAGCAAGUGUCUGUACAAGCUGGUGCGUCAAAUGCACGGUGUCUGCGCCCUGCUCGAAAUCCCGCUCAACUGCGACUGUCCGCUGAGCAAGGAAAGUCUGUUUAGGAAGUUUAAGGACCAGCUAGAAUUCAUCUAUCCACUCACCGGGGCGGAACCAGCCGGUGGCGGCGAAGUGUCGGUCACCAUCAAGCAUGUCGAGCAGAUGGGAAGGGCAGACAGCAGCGGCGCCGAUGAUCCACUCCAGUGCCGGAUCGUGUUUACGCAGCAGUGCAGAGAGAGCAAGGGAAAGCCGGGCUACGAGGGAGGUACGAGCCGGGAAAAGCAAAGCUACAGUUUCGAUGGGUUCGUGCGCGAGAUUCACACCGACGGGGACCAUUUCGAUGAGCGAAUGUACAAGCUUUCCAAGCCCAAGGACAAGGAUACGCAAAACGCGGACAUCAAACAGGAGCUAACCGAUAGAAACGACGAACAAGAAGCGACUGAUCUCAAGCUUAACAAUCAGGAAAAUUCAACCGAUGGAGGACAGUACGGAAAGCCACUCGUUCCCUCACCAGAAGAAGCACCACUCACCAACGGAACUGAAGCGAAACAGGAAGAAGAAGUCCCAAAAAGAGAACCUGUGAAAAAUGGUGAAUCUGCUGCCAAUGGUGACAAUGGUGCAAACGAUUCAAGCGAAGCGAUGCAAUCGAUUCCUGCCGUUCCUUACAGCGAGGAGGAUCGGUUUAAACCAUCGCCCCCGGCGGACACCAACACGUUCGCCAUGAUCCUCAAGCAGAUGGUAAAGACGGAGAAAAGCAUUUUCGAACUGCUGCAACCCCACAUGAUCAGCCAGUCGGGAGAGCUGAUCGAUUUUGCCGAGUGUAUUGCCAUUCAGCGCGAUCGCGUACGCCAAUUCGUGCACGACUUCCUGGAGGAGUUUAUCUUUCUCCGAGGCCAGCACAGCAGCGACGACCUAACGAACGAACGGUGCACCGUGGACUACAAUCGUAGCGUGCGGGACGACGAGGGUGGGCCGCGCUACCGGCACAAGCCCGAGCGUAAGAUGAACCUGGCCGAAUCGAAGGCACUCUACACGGACGUUGCGCACGAGUGGCUGUGCAAUGGGAAGCUGCUCCGCUUGCUCGACCCGCUCGACGUGCACAACUAUCGCAUCUUCCACGAGCAAUGGGAGCGGGGCCAGCCGGUAAUGGUGUCGGCCGUGUCGAGCAAAAUGAACAUGGACCUCUGGAUGCCGGGCUCGUUCGGGCGCGACUUUGGCGAGCAGAUGAACGAUCUGAUCAACUGCCUCAACGGGAAGAUUGUGCGCGGCCACCCGAUGAAGGUGUUUUGGGACGGGUUCGAGGAGAUUGGCGAACGGCUGAUAGACGAGCGCGAGCGGCCGAUGAUGCUGAAGCUAAAAGAUUGGCCACCGGGCGAUGAUUUCGCGGAAAUGAUGCCGACCCGGUUUUACGAUCUCAUGAAAUCGCUCCCCCUGGCGGAGUAUACGCGGCGCGAAGGGCGCCUCAACCUUGCCAGCCGGCUGAGCAGCUUCUUCGUGCGGCCCGACCUGGGGCCAAAGAUGUACAGUGCGUACGGGUCGGCAUUGCACCCGAGCAAGGGCACCACCAACCUGCAUCUGGACAUUUCCGACGCGGUCAACGUGAUGGUGUACGUUGGCAUCCCGAAGGACGUGCCGAGCAAGGGCUACAACGAGCGCAUCGUGGAGCUGAUCGACUCGGAAGACUGCGACUACCUAACGCGGCAGCGCAUACGGGAGCGGAAAGAGCUGCCGGGCGCCCUGUGGCACAUCUAUCACGCGCAGGAUGCGGACAAGAUACGGGCCCUGCUGAACAAGAUAGAGCUCGAGCGCGGCGGCACGCUCAAACCGAACCACGAUCCUAUCCACGACCAGAAGUGGUACCUCGACCGGAACAUGCGCAAACGGUUGCAGCAAGAGUACCGGGUGGAAGGGUACGCGAUCGUCCAGUGUUCCGGCGAUGCCAUAUUCAUACCGGCCGGAGCACCGCACCAGGUGCGCAACCUGCACAACUGCAUCAAGGUGGCGGAAGAUUUCGUGUCGCCCGAAAACAUCUCCCACUGCUUGCAGCUGACGAACGAGUUCCGGCAUCUGAGCCGGACGCACUCGAACCACGAGGACAAGCUGCAGAUCAAGAACAUUAUCUAUCACACGGUGAAGGAUGCGGUGUCGUGCAUAACGAAUCCACUCAUUAUGCUGACCAAGCCCGGUCCGCAGCCUGCCGAGUGAUAGGAUGAUACGGGAAUGAUAGUGUGUGUAUGUGUGUGAGAGUAUGCAGGCAGCGGACAGAAUUUUCAACAUUAUUGCUAAUGGGAUAAAUAUAGAAACUGUAAAGAAAUUUGAAAACGAA